AACUGUUCAGAGUUCAGACUUUAGAGUCUACUGAAAUCCGGCAUUCAUUUGUUUUCCUGACCCCAUCAUAAUUUAAUCCAAAUUAGCGACAAAAACAAUCAAACGUUGGGUCUUCCGGACACGGGGGCGAAAAACAUAGAUUAAUGCUAAGGAGCUCGGUCCAAUUCUCUUACCUGAGCUGACUUUGUCUUCUGAAAUUGAGAUUUCCCGAUACUUUCUUUAUUCAAGGCCGAGGUAAACCCAUCUCAGUUUUGCCCUUUUGGUUAUCGCAUAUUGAUGUAUGCUUCAGUGUUUCGAUCAUUUCUCGCUGGGUUCUCGCUGUUAUGCACUAUGAAUUCACUGACUGUUGAGAUCUCAAAGAGAGAUGUUUUUAAUGAUUUAAUGAAGGCCCGAAUUGGGCAAUUGCUUGCUGAUUGUUUGAGUUGACACUGUUUGCGUUUGCGGGUCAGCUGAUCUGAUAGCGUAACUCUUCUUUUGAAGUAUGGUUUCUUUGUCUUUUUUCCUAAGCUGCUUAAGUUAGGGGUAGACAUCGCGGUAGAGUGUUAUUUGGGAUAUGGUUUCCGUUUGAUUGAAUGUGGUUCGGGCUAGGUUUUGAUGUGCUACUGUUGGUCCUGUCGGUUGGAUUGCAUUAAUCGAUGUAAAGAUUCAGUCUUGAUCAUUUUUAUGAGGAUGUGAUUUUGGGCAUAGUGCGGCCAUUGGGUAAAUCUUUAAGUAUGGUUGAAGUAGGGGAACCUUCUGAAUCAGGGUCUACAGUGCUGAACUCUAGACUGGUAAGGAAUGGAUCCUCCCGUGAAGAGGAUAGUUUUCAUAGGCAAGUGUCUAACUUUGGGGGGAAUGGGUCAAGAAAUACGAGCCCACUCGGUAGAAUUGGUUCAAGGAAUACUAGUCCUUCGAGGCAGAAGGUGGUUAAGACUAAGCCUAGGGGGUUAGAUGAAGAGACUGUUGCUACGUUUAGUAAAGCUGUUCAACCGGAUGUCCAGAUGGAAGAUAACAUAUGGGCAAUGUUACCAGAAGAUUUGUUGAAUGAAAUCUUAGCUAGGGUUCCUCCAUUUAUGAUAUUCAGGCUUCGGUCUGUUUGUAAAAGGUGGAAUUCUAUCUUGCAAGAUAACAGCUUUUUGAAGUUUCAUUCACAGGUUCCCUCUCAUGGCCCUUGCCUUUUGACAUUUUGGAAGAAUUCACAGACCCAUCAAUGUUCAGUGUUUAGUUUGCCAUUAAAACAAUGGUUUAGGAUUCCUUUUACUUUUUUGCCGCAGUGGGCUUACUGGUUGGUUGGUUCUUCAGGUGGUCUACUCUGUUUCUCAGGCUUGGAUGGCCUGACAUUCAAAACUUUGGUUUGCAAUCCACUUACACAAAGUUGGAGAACAUUGCCCAAGAUGCAUUAUAAUCAGCAAAGGCAGCUGGUCAUGGUUGUUGAUCGGAUCGAACGAUCAUUUAAAGUUAUUGCAACUAGUGAUAUUUAUGGUGAUAAGUCUUUGCCAACAGAAGUUUAUGAUUCCAAGCUUGACAUGUGGUCACUUCACCAAACAAUGCCUGCUGUAAAUCUUUGCUCCUCAAAAAUGGCUUUUUGUGACUCACGCUUGUAUCUAGAAACUAUUUCCCCUCUUGGUUUGAUGAUGUACCGGCUGGAUACAGGACAGUGGGAACACAUUCCGGCAAAGUUUCCGCGUUCAUUGUUGGAUGGAUACCUGGUUGCUGGUACUCAAAAACGCUUGUUUCUUGUGGGAAGAAUAGGCCUCUAUAGCACUCUUCAGAGCAUGAGGAUCUGGGAAUUGGAUCAUUCAAAAAUCAUUUGGGUUGAGAUAUGCAGGAUGCCCCCAAGGUAUUUCAGAGCUCUUUUGAGAUUAUCGGCGGAAAGAUUUGAAUGCUUUGGCCAGGAUAAUCUAAUCUGCUUUACAUCUUGGACUCAAGGUAAAAGCCUUCUUUAUGACGUGGAUAAGAAGACCUGGACUUGGGUUGCUAGCUGUGCUUUGCAGUCCUAUAACAGCCAGGUCUGCUUCUACGAACCAAGAUUUGAUGCCUCCAUAUAUUAGUUGGUUCUAACUUCAUAAUUCAAUUGAGGAAAACUGGGAAAAGAGUAGAAGGUUCGCUUAUAUAUAUAUCUGAUUCUCUUGUUUUAUCCUGGUUUCUGUGCCUACUAGCUUACUCUGCUGUAUGUGUUUUUACCUCACUCAAGAUUCUUCAAGCUGGAUUGCUCACCUGCUUCUUGCUACUAACGUGCAUUUAGGGCUCCAUGAAUUUUGAACAAAGAGACUUGAGAGUGCUCUUGGUUAUGUGGCAUAUAUAAACUUAACCAAUGCUUUGGUUAAGAGGACUUAAGGCUUGAAGUAUAUCAUCAGAUUAGAACUCUGUGAUUAGCAUGAAUGAAGUUUAAAGCUUAAUGUGAUGAACAAAUUUUGGUGCUAACCCUGUGUACAAAAAGCAACUGACGCCACUUUUACAAGUGGUCUCCCUAAAUGGAAGAAGCUAAUUCUUAUUUUUAUACGACCAUGAUGAUCCAUAUAUAUGGUUAUGUGGUUACUUUCUGUCUAUUUAACUUCCGUUCUUCAUGUAUUUGAUUUGAACCAAUUAGGUUGCUGCUACAGGCUACAGCUAUUCGGAUACUUUACUGUUAUUUUGUGCUUUUCUUGUUCUGUUCUUCAUGUUCUCUCAUUUGCGUUCUCACCUGGGCUAGUUUUUGAGAGACAUUUACGGGUAGUUCUUUGGCUGAUAGGUUCUUAGAUAGGAUAUUCUUGUACUAAUAAAAGCUUUCUUCCGGAGCAAAAGCUGACUUAAUGCCACUUUGGAUUAUAUAUA